UCAAAGGUCACAUUUAAGAUUACUCUGACUUCAGACCCAAAGCUGCCUUUUAAGGUUGUCAGCGUACCAGAGAGCACACCAUUCAUGGCAGUACUUAGAUUCACAUGCGAGCAGUUCAAUGUACCCUGGCAGACAUCGGCUAUCAUCACAAAUGAUGGUAUCGGUAUCAACCCAUCACAGACUGCAGGCAAUGUCUUCUUGAAACAUGGUUCUGAGCUGAGAUGUAUCCCAAGAGACAGAGUCGGA